UAUUGCAAGUACUCCUCUGAAUUUUUCUGAUUUUCCGCUGAUAACUCUACACUGUUGCGAGUCACGAAGACCAUCAAAUAUGUCCUUUUCCGCUGAAGAUGAGAAGCUCUUGAAAAAUAUUAUAAAUGGCCGAGAUUUUUCCAUGUUCGCCAGUGACGAUUCAUCAUUAAGAGACGAGUCAACGGAUGCCUUUGAGCUCAAUAUUGAUUCUCUUGCCUUUAUUCGGGCUGAAGAGGCUGAUGUUUCACUCUGCAAUGAUUUGGGCUUGGAUUCAAUGAUCAGCGCAACGCAUCACGACAAAUCAUAUUGUGAUAGGACAACGAAAGACUUUUGCAUUUUCGAAGAAGUUCAGCGCUUUGAUGAGAAAGAGAAGGAAAAGCUGAGGCACAAGAUUCAACACCGGGAAGAGAAAUUUAACGAAAUAUUCAGACCCAUGGCAAGUUCGACUCCAAUUCCAUUUGAUUCGUCAAUGUCAAAGAUCGAGAUGGCAGAAAUCGACGAAAUCUGUGGAGAUUACACGAUUAACGCUGAAACUGUUGAAAUAAAGAACACAAGGAUUAUCACAAAGGACUGCACAAAGGCCCAUGAGAAAAAGUCCACCACAGAACAAAGUGUGGAUUUGCUAACGAGCGCUAAUUGGGACGCUUAUGGGGCGCCAUCCAUUGCUCCAUUUGAGAAUACAAGACGCACUCUGGAGACACCAACUUUCUGUGCAGAUGCUCUCGUAAUUGCAAACGAGUAUUCACCAAGCAAUUCUACCGUUGGUAAGCACAUUUUCUUCAGCCAGAGAGAAGCUGAAUCACCGCGAAAUGGUGAUAUUAUUGGGAAAAUUGAGCAAAUUGUGGAGUCACUGAUUGAAGAUUUGAGCACAGGAAACACCCUCAGUUUGCAGAUAAAGCGUAUUCAUUCGUGCAAUAUGGAGUUGAUUGACGAAGUAUUGAAGAUCAAACCAAGCGAGAAAUCUAAACUGAAGACAGUUAGUUUUCACAGAAAGACGCACAACCAGAGAUUUUGCCUGAUUGUUAUGCUGUUGGGAGAAGCAUACAAAUUCUUGAAGACCAACACUGGCUGCAAUAAGCGCGAGAUCCUCUACCGCCACUUGAGUAUGGUGAGAGACAUGAGAAAUCUGGAGGUUGGCAUCGCAGACAUGUGCGCCAUGCUCGAGAUUGCUCCAUGGGAAGUGGGCAUUGUGGCCACUUCCAAGGGCCUGGUGUCUGGUCCCCUCCGGAUAAUCAUGGACACAAGUGACGUGAUUGAUUGCGGCACAGCUUUUGAGGGAACUGCUCUCCCACACAAUUUCACUGCAAUGCAGGAAUUUCGGACCACCGCCAAGUUUGUGUUGGUGGUUGAGAAAGACACCGUCUUCGAGAGACUUCUGAAGGAUGAUAUUUUCAACAGGAUCGGCAAGCAUUUCAUUCUGGUUACUGGCAAAGGCGAGCCAGAUACGUGUACACGGUUCUUCUUGAAUAAGAUGUGGACAGAGCUGAGCAUUCCAAUUUACAUUCUAGUUGAUGCCGAUCCUUAUGGAGUUGAAAUAAUGCUCACAUACAAACAUGGAUCUCAGGCAAUGAGCCAGCAAGCUGAUUCGCUCGCUGUUCCUCAUAUUAAAUGGAUUGGAGUUCAUCCGUCUGAUUUGGUCACACUCAACAUACCGAAGCAGCGACUGACUUCGGAAGAUCGCAAGAAAAUUCGAGAUAUCAUGAAGAGAUUUUAUUUGACAGCAUCAGUUAAAGAGGAACUGAAGAUACUGGAUGAAAAUGGUCUUAAAGCUGAGAUUGAAGGGCUUUACGAGUUUUCCAAUAACUACAUAAUCGAUGAAUAUAUCACGAACAAAAUUAAGAAUAACCUUAAUAUGUAA